AGUGUUGAGAGCUAGUACUCUCUCUACUACGGUUAUUAAAACUUAAUGGUACAAUAUGUUUGAUUGUGAAUAGCUUGCAUAAAUCAGAGAAGUGGUGUUAUUUUAAACAAACGUAAACCUAUUAAUCUGAUAUGAAUUAAAUAAACAGUGUUUUUUUUAAAGUGCUUUACAAUCGCAGAAUAAAACGUAAACCACUUUGAUUGAAUCGCUUAAACAAAUCGUUUGCAAAAGUGAUAAACUGUUAUGCUGUUCACCUGGAUAAACUGAUGUGUUGGAUGACUCUAAACAAUAACAAAAGUGAAGUUCUACAGCUUUCGUAUCAUCAGUAUAAAAUUGAUUUCAAUGAAAGUAAAUGGAAAUAUCGAAGAUGGAUGUUGAUGAAUCAAACGUCACGCUAUCAUCAGUUUUUUCUAUUAGCACUGAUUUUAUCACACAAUGGAAAUUAAAACGCAAGCAAGAAAAAAAUUGUAAAUUAUUUUACAAACGGCUCAACUUACUGCGCCAUGCUAAGUGUCAUCAAUUAAUAGAUAUUCCAGUCGACAAACGGAUAUCGGAGGCAGGUAGAAAACAUCACGUGGCAAUAAACGUUGUCGAACAUAAUCCCUACCUAAAAGAAAGUUUUGACGAUAUUUGGGAUUGGUUUACAACUGGUAAUUUUAGCCGUUGGGGAUGGAUGAACGAAUCUAGUUUCAGUUUCAGCAACGACACAAAUAAUACCUCUCCAUUAGAUUCAUAUCAAAACAUAGCGAACAAUCUCUCUAGUUUCUAUCGAACAACAAAUCAAAAUGAUUAUAUGUCACAAGUAUUACCACCUUUCGAAAUAUGGCAGACAAUACUGAUAGCAAUAUGUUUGGCUAUUUGCAUUAUUCUAACAAUUGGUGGGAAUAUAUUAGUCUUAUUAGCAUUUAUUGUAGAUCGUAGCAUACGACAACCAAGCAACUAUUUCAUUGCCUCGCUAGCAGCAACAGACAUGUUAAUCGGAACAGUUUCGAUGCCAUUCUACACCGUUUACGUGCUUAUGGGAUAUUGGGAUUUAGGACCUCUCCUUUGUGACUUAUGGUUAUCGGUAGACUACACAGUAUGUUUAGUUUCUCAAUACACUGUUUUAUUGAUAACCAUAGACAGAUUCUGCUCUGUAAAAAUAGCUGCUAAGUACCGAAGCUGGCGAACAAAAAGCAAAGUAAUCUGGAUGGUAACCAUUACAUGGAUUAUACCCGCGCUGCUAUUUUUCAUAUCCAUCUUUGGAUGGGAACACUUUGUCGGUUAUCGUGAUCUAUUACCAGGACAAUGUGCAGUGCAGUUUUUAAAGGACCCUGUAUUUAACACCGCCCUUAUAAUAGGCUAUUAUUGGACCACACUCGUUGUAUUGUUUGUUCUAUAUGGUGGAAUUUACAAAACUGCGUACGAUAUGCAAAAAAAAAGUGAAGCAAAACAGCGCAAAAUGCAAUCAAUGGUAGCAUUAAGUAGUGCGAUGACUGGUGUUGCCGGUCGGGCUGCUGGGAUUGGAAUUUCUAAAACUCAGGGCCCGCUUCUUAGUACAGACAAACUUGCCACAUCUUGCUUAGUCUCUGGCCAAAAUGUGCGCAGAGACCCACCAAACAAAUAUAAUGAAUAUCCAAAGACUGUACAGAGUCGAAUAUUGAAAUCUACAUCUGGAGAGAAGCGAAAUAUGAGCACUCAGUUAUCUAUGCCACAAAGCUGUUCCAAUUCAAACUCAAAUGUAGUUGCUGCACUAACAGGUAGUGAAAGAAGUUAUGCGCCAUUUUGUAAUACAUACAUCAGUACAUCAAUGACCAUAUCUAAAGAAGAUGGUACGGACGUUGACAAAAGCGAACGCUCCAGUAGCCCUGGAUUCGAUUCAGAUGAUGAAAGUGCUCCUCACGCUAAAGUAGAGCUGGAACAGCGUGUAAAAACAAAUGGGAAACGCACAUCACUAGCGGGGUUGUUAGUUGGUGCUGCCUCAGCAACUGUUCUUUCUUCGCGAUACCAGCAUAGAGAUAUGUCGAUAACUGCUGCAGAAGCACUAGAUUCUGAUUUAAGCCUCCAAAACUCCAAGAAACCCGUCAAACGUCCUGUUUAUGGACCAGAUAUUCUUCCAAAAAUAAGUGAAUUAGGUGACCUUAGCAAAAAGGAUGAUGAUUUAUUGGUUCACGGAGCAAAGCAGGAAGAAAACGUGGUUUCCCCUUCUAAAACAAUUCCACUCGAAUCAACUUUAUCAUAUACACAUACUAUAACCCCUAUUAAAUUAAAUAACGCAAGUAAUAUUGUCGAAAGUGUGCCAAAUAUGAUAGUUACAUCAUCAUACGGUUUCCAAAUAAAUGUACCUUUUGAGAGUUCAAAUGAUCAACCCGAUUUCGGACGUAAGAGAUUUGAUGGCGGAUAUGACGCGUUGGCUAGCAUGGAUGGGGCUGACUUAAGAUUUAUGGACGAAAGUCAAGAAUUGGCACAGGCGUUAAAGUACCCGAUUGUUAGUGAUAAUAAUAUCAACCAAACACUACUUCCUACAGAAUCAUUGACGCAUUGUCAUGACCAAAGUUUUGCUAAUCCUUCGCUUUUGCAAAAAGCAUUAAUCCAAGCCACAGCAUGCUCUCAACAACCACCCCCCACUGUCCUCAUUCACACCCUACGCAUGGAUAAUGAAGAGACGUGGGGAGAUCUAUGUGAUCAGUCAUUAGAAAAUACUGCAAAACAGGAAAGCGCUAAAAUACCCAAGAUUGCAAGUAUGGGGACGUCGCUUCAAUGCUCUCUUACAAAAAAACAAACAUUGAUUGAAAAUCUAGAACAACAUCCAAAACUGCUUGAACCAUCCAUCAACAUAACCAGCACAGAGAACACUAAAACAGAUGCUCAGCUAAAUGACACCAGCAGUAAUAAGGAAGUUUCCAGCAAUAACACAACAUAUAUUAACCAAGAGGUGUUCAAUAAACACGGAUUGCUUCAAACAAUUGGUAUGAGGAUAAAGGGUAGCAACAGAAAGUCUGCUGCCGUUGCUUUCAUGGGUAUAGGUCGACAGAAGUCAAAAUCAGAAAAUCGUGCAAGAAAGGCUUUCCGUACAAUAUCAUUCAUAUUGGGUGCCUUUGUUGCUUGCUGGACGCCCUAUCACGUUUUAGCAUUAGUAGUAGGAUUUUGCUCUAAACCACCGUGUGUAAAUGAACAUCUAUUCAUGUUUUCUUAUUUUUUGUGCUAUGCAAAUAGCCCUAUGAAUCCAUUUUGCUAUGCACUAGCUAAUCAGCAGUUCAAAAAAACCUUCACUCGCAUAUUGCGAGGAGACCUGCAUGUAACAUAGGUUCGUAAAUUUGGGCGAAUAAAACAAAUGAAGUUGAACUGAUCAAAAAACGGCAAGUCAAUAUCAACACGCAUUACAAAAAGGUACAUCAAUACAGGUACAGGAAGAGCAAUUUUUGAAGACACAUGAAUCGUCCAUGUACGGGACAAUAAUAGUACAAUAAGCUUAUGGGAUGUUAGGGCAGCGGCACAAGAAACCUAAAUUCCAGCGUUAACUCAAAAUGUAAUGCUAAACAGCUUACGCUUGCCGUUUACACGCUGUCAAAUGAUUCAAGGUUCGCAGAACGUAAACGCUGUUUGCAAAUGAGUGGGCUCGCAAUAUGUUCUUUUUGUGGUUUGCAUCGAUAGCGUGUGUUCAUUGCUCUUGUGUUUCAUCCUUUUCUUCCGCAAAAGGAUCCUAAUUUUCUCAUAAAAUCGAAGUAUAAAUUUUCUGGUAUUUAUUUGUAGUUUAGGCUAGAGUUUAUGCGAGGUUUACGGAUCGUCUGGCAAAAGCUUUAUGCUUGUACACUUUUAAAAUAAUGUACUACAUAAUUUAUUGGUUGGAUUGAAGUUCAUCGUUAACGAUAUCGUUCAUCAAUAACGAAUAAAAUUUAGUCAUUGCAAAUUUAAAAAAACUAAUACCAAUCAUAAAAUGUAGGACUGCAUAGCUGUCUUAGCUUAGGGCGGUAAAUAUUUAAAGUUCAAAAUUGAAAUACAAAACUUGGAGGGAAACAUAAUCUUGAGCUAUACAUGCUCAAUGAAUGUUUAUUUAAUCAGAUUUGCAAUAACAUAUGAAUAAAAGUAUUACUAGAAUAAAAAUAAAAAUGUUUUAGCAUAAAUUCCAUUUUAAAUAUUUGUUUGUAUCAAUAGACAUGCAAAAAAUAUUACAAUCAUCCCUAAAUAAAUGGAUUAAUGAAAGAUGUGAUGAUAUGAAGAUAUUUUUAUAGUAAGACCCGAAUAUAUAGUUAUUGAAGAACAUGCUACCGACCACAAUGAACUAUUAAAUUAUUAUUAUAUCUAGAUCUAUAGGAAAUUGAACCUCUCCUUGAAAUCAUUUGUGCAUUAAUACUACAUGAGCUAAUACACUACGUGUAAAUAAAUAUUAGUCGAAAUGCUGAACAUGCUCGUACCUAUUUGAUAUACAUUGCAUAUUAUAUUUUAUAAUGAAAUAAACACAGUCAUACUAAAAAGAUAGGAGCAAAUUUUUCGGCCAUAUACAAUGUGUAAAGAUACUAAUAAGAAUGAUAUGUAAGGGAAAUGUGUUGUUUUCAACAAUUAAGCGAAAAAAUAAAUUGUGAUUAUACUUUAUUCCUUUAAUAAUAAAUAUGUAGCACAUGUUAGAAUGAAAUUGAUUGCAAUGAAGAAUAUUUAGUUUUAAUUGGUUGAAAAGUAGAUUGUGACAUGACAUGGUUCUUUUCUCACAAAAUAUAAUGAUUUAUAAAUCCGUAAUUCGUAAUUAAAAAAGUACUUAAAUCAAUUUUAGUAUUGAAACUCAUGACGAUUUCUUGCAUAGAGCCCCUAUAAAGAAAUAGCUAUAAGUUUCUAAAACAAAUACCUUUAAUGAUUUAAAUAAUAAAUUAUCAAACUAUUUUGAUAGAUUUGACAUCCGAUUACUUAGAUGAAGUGACCUACGCAAAACGAUACUUAAUAGACAAUAUUUUUAGAACAAAUAUGCAGAACUAUCAGACAUAUCAAGUGCUAAGGAUUACAUUACAAUAAUUAUAAAUUUAAUCCAACCAAUAAUGAAGAUAUCGUAUAUUAUUCAAUCGACCUAAGCGCUUAACAUUUUCUUCAAUAUUAAAAGUGCCAAUAAUACAACAUUUGAACGAGUACCGUUCAAAUCUAAACAGGUAUUAGAAGUAAUAGUUGUGCACUGUGAAGAAACAAAACAAAUGGAAAAAUAAUAUAUGUAAGUUUAAAAACAACUCUGUCUAUUUUGUACGUUCAACACAAAUAUGAAAAAUAUAUUAUAUAACAGGUUUUUCAUCUUUUUUGUUUUUUUUUUAAACUGUACCCGUUGUAAAAAUCUAAAACUGAAGGUAAUACAGCCAUUGGCGCUCUGAAAUAUACUCUUCAUAACAUAAAAAAUCGUAUGACUACUCUUGCAUUUCCUCCCGAGGGUGAUGAAAACCAAAAUUCGCUAAACCGACAGUUACCUCAAUAUGAUGGAUACGUAUAGUAUGUAUCGAAAUAUAGCUUUAAUAAUUGGUUGUUUGAAAACGGUGAAAUAGCUAUAAACGGUCGUGAAGUUGUGUCUUUUAUGACGUACGUGGUUAUUUACGGUU